AUUUGCCUCACGUAGCAAAUUAACAAUUCAAUUUUCCGUUGACCUCUAUACAAAAAUUCCUCACGUCGUGGGCAGAUUUUGGGUGGAGUAAAAGCUCUCGCUUCGCCUUUUCCUCUCUGUAGCUGCACAUAACUACACGAUUCACAUUGUUGCUAGCAUAUUUAAACCAAAUUAUUAGCAUAUUACUUAGAUACAAAGUUUCAAUCAUCUGCAGAAGCAAGACCGAACUCUGUUUAGUUUUCGCAAACGUUUGAAAAUGUUGAGCAGUGUUUCUCUCCGGGCUCAAAUCGCUUCCAUCAUAGAGGUACUUUCUAAAGCUGCGGUUGCAGAAAUUGGCAAAGUAGUCGACGAUGGCAUAGUUGUGUUACGUGUAGAAAUGUGUCGACGGGAAAAUGAAAUCAACGUCCUGAAAAAUAAUGUACAACAACUUGACAGCGAGCUUCGAAGAGCUCGAGGGAUUAAUGCUCGAAGACGCAUUCAUCAUGGUCGAUCAGUCGCUGCUGAGAAUCUUAGGAGAGGGCCUCGUAAAGGUGGUACCACUUGUGUGGGGAAGACCUCGCUUGAAAAACUGCAGCCUGAGGAAGAUUUUAAUGAAAAAGAUCGACCUGCGGAUGAGAUUCUGGUGAAGACUGAGCCAGGAGGAGAGGGUCAACAGGAAGAGCGGACUACAGGGAUAAAAGACAAGGAAGCAUCAUGCAGCAGUGUUUUCUUUCCAGGGAAACCAUAUUUAGAGUCAGACGUCAGAGAGGAUAUGAUUUUACAGCUCAGACAGCAACAACGUUAUCGGCAGUCAGACGCGCUCAGGAGAACAAGCGACGGCACAGUACAGUCAAAUCCAGACCCUCAAAGUGUAUUGGGUUCUGACCCAAAUUAUAAUACGGCAAGGAGAGCGAGCAACAAAAUAUUUUGCCAGGUUAAGAAACACUUCAUUUGCACACUGUGUGGAAAGAGUUUUGAACGUUACGGUCAUCUUGAAAGGCACCAGAGAAUUCAUACGGGUGAGAAACCGUACAGCUGUGACAUAUGUGGAAGGUGUUUCAACCAGAAGGGUAGUCUCAAAGGGCAUCUGAAGACUCACAGAGUAUCGAUGGAUGGACUAGCUAACAACGAAGAGAAGCCUCCCCUGGAUAGACGUCAGACGGAGGAAGAGCAGUUGAACGAAAAGGACGAAGUGUUCCAAACUGCUCCUCAGAUGCCUAUGAAGUCUGAGCCAGGGGAGGAGAAGGAUGCAUUCCAGACACUAGAUCCUAAAGCAGAAGAACAGACUGCAGGGAGAGCAGAACAGCAACUGGAUGAGGAAUUGUCGAUGUACGAGAGAGACAGCCAGCCGUGGAUGUCCGGUCCGCAAGCAGACAACGAUAUGGAGACGAGCAAUUCAGAAUAUUUCAGCAGUUCAGGUCAGAACUCCCAGUGUCUCACUGAUCACUCUCCUGUACUUCCUGUCCCAGGAAUGGUGGAGGCGUCAUGCAGCAGUGCUUCAUYUCCAGGGAAACCAUAUGUAGAUGUCAGCGAGGAUAUGAUUUUACAGCUCAGGCAGAAACAUUAUGGAUCUUCAGACACACUCUUGAUAGCAAGUGUCGGUACAGUACAGCCAAACUCACAGGUCAUGGACGGGGCUUCUCUGAACCAUCCUCCCAUCUUCUCCAGUUUUCCGGAAAGGAAAGUGAAAACCUUCCAAGGAGUCACCAAGGACAAGAAGUGCUUCAUCUGCUCAUUCUGUGGGAAAGUUUUUGAGCGUGUUGGUCAUCUGGAAAGGCACCAGCGAAUUCAUACGGGUGAGAAACCGUAUAGUUGUGACAUAUGUGGAAGGUGUUUCAACCAGAAGAGUAGCCUCAAAGGGCAUCUAAAGACACACAGAGCAGACGAUGCUGACAUGCUAACGGGACAACCGCCGCUUGAUGAUAAGAAGCCUGACGUUUAUCCUAGACCCUUGGAGAAUCCAGAGGAACCGAGGGAUCAGCCCUCACCUGCUGAAGCACAGCCUAGCUCCGGGCACAGUGAGGAGGAGGAGGGCAGGGGGCAGGGGUUGGUGGGGGAAGCAGAGAAAGAGAAGCAGUUUGAAUCCCAGAUACUCAGUCAGUCAGGACCUCUACACCAACAAAGCACAGAGCGACCAGGUUACCAGGACGACCCAGAGUAUGUCAUGGAUGAGAGGGAGAGUCAGCUGUGUAGAUCUUUCACAGAGAGGCACAGUGAUACUGCGUCUGGAUCACUACAUCCAGGUUGCUCCUCCGAUGUGACAAAGCAGCAGAACUCCCAUCCUGUUUCACCCAGUGUCAAAUACCAUCACAGUCCUUUUGAUGGACUGCACCRCCACCACGGGUUCUAUACGUCAGCUUCUAGAGAGGUGGAACUGGGAGACGUGUCUUUUCAGGAAGAGAAAGACAAGUUGGAUGUGAUUGAGCAAGAGCAGUAUGCAGGGAUGGUUCUACAUGCAAGGAACAGGGAGGAUGGUGAUGGGACAAUACUACCCAGGUUUCAGAACCGGGUACCACCGCCACMACUACCUGUAGAGGAGGAAACGGCAAUGAGCGCUUACAUCACAGAACCAAACUACAGUCAAGAGGGGAUUUUAUUUGCCCUUGGCAUAGACAGUUUUGACAGUACAGAGGGCAGCAGUGCCACUACAGACGACACAAGAAAUAGAUGUUUCAUAUGCUCCUUUUGUGGAAAGAGUUUUGAUCGCCAUAGUCACUUUGAAAGACACCUGCACACUCAUACUGGUGAGAAGCCCUACAGCUGUGAGAUAUGUGGUAAGACUUUCACUCAGAAGAGCAGCCUGAAAGCUCAUCAGAGACUUCAUACAGAAACGACACUCAAAAUGUCUAACUGUAUCGCCCUUCAGACACAACUAACCUCGAUCAUGGAGGUUUUAGCCAAAUCAGCGGUGGCAGAAAUCGCCAAACUUAUCGAUGACAACUGUGCUGUAUUACAUUUCGAAAUAUCUCGGAAGCAUAAUGAAAAUGAAAUUCUGCGGAGAAAACUGCUCCUGAUGGAUAAUGAACUGAAGAUUGCGCGGAUUCCACGACAAACUGAGAAAUACAUGGAGAGCUGUGCUUCAGACUGGAGACCCAGUCAACGAGGAGAUGAGGAUGUGUUUGGGUCAGCUUUGGGAGAAGUCAAGUUUGCAGAGAUAGAAACCCCUUUCAUUAAGGUAGAGAGACAGGAUGAUGGAUCAUGGAGACGGGAGCAACACAGAGAACCAAAUGGACAGGGAAACGCCACAUACGGCAAUAAUGCCAUUCAGAAGCUUCCCAUUGGGAAUCAUCAGGACUUGGAAGAAGAAGAGAAUCAGGACCCACUAAUCCUCCUGGAGGAGCAGCUGGCAGAAGGUCAAGAGAAGCUUAGUGAGCUGUGCCAGUCUCAGUCUGGGCACUGUGGCGAGGAGGAGACCAGUGUUCUAGAGUUUGUAAUAAAGACUGAGAAGGAGGAAGAACAUUCUGGAUUCAGUCAGGCGGGAUGUCAGAGGAGCACAGUAAAGCAGCAGAACCCCUUGAGCUCUGAGUUUGUAAUGGAUGAAAGAGACAGUCAACUGUGGUCGUCUAUAGUUCAAGGGAACGAUGACAUAGUCAUAGAGACUGACUUUCCUGAUUUCUCUUAUGUAGCCGAGCAGUAUUCAGAGAGUUUUCCAGAUCGCUCCGUGGCUCAGCCCCAGCCACAGCCCCUCUCUAGCCCAGUGGAAGGCCCUAGUAAAUCAGCCAGCUCACCUUUACAGAGACCGUGCAAUGGAUCAAUGUACAACAAAGUCUUUCAGAAAGAGAAAGUAAGUGCAUCUCAGUCUGUGUCUAGUUCUUUUCAGUGCCGACCGCAGAUCAACCAUUCACAGCAGCAGACCAGGCAGAGAGAUCAGGUGUUCUCCCAGAGGAAUAAUCCCAUCCCACCAUCCAGGCCUCAAGACACUGGACACACAGCAGAGCGAAGCUUUGGACUGGGUGACACUGGCAGACCAACUGCCUCCCAUUUAGGGAUUCGAUUGAACAAUAACACUUUUACACCAGGUGGCCUCAGAAGCUUCACUAUGCCUCAUUAUAAUUCAAAGAAUCACUGGGGUACAGCCAUAACAGAGAAGGUUUUCAGUUGCUCGCAGUGCGGCAAGAGUUUUAGUCGCCUGUCCUAUCUCAAGAUACAUCAGCGAAGUCACACGGGAGAGAGGCCGUUUCGGUGCACCGUCUGCGGGAAGAGUUUUCACUGCUCCUCGCACCUGACUAUACACCACCGCAUUCACACGGGAGAGAGACCCUAUAGCUGUGCCACGUGUGGGAAGAGGUUUACCCAGCAGAGCAGUCUCAAGACACACCAGAGUGUCCACAGUGGAGAGAGACCGUAUGGUUGCUCUCAGUGUGGCAAGACUUUCACUCUUCUGCACCAUCUGAAGAGGCACAGGAUUAUUCAUGCUGGGUAUAGUUGAGUGGGUCUUAUUAUUAUUAUUAUUAUUAAACCUCUAUCCAGGAAGUCCGUAAAUAUGGUCCUCAAAGCUGAGUUUAAGAUGAAGUUAUUUGUUUUACUUUAAAAAUUAAAAUAGUUCAAGAAAAAUUAGAACUUUGAUGUUUUAUGCUAAUUUCAACACUACAGAAACAUUUCAUGAAAUAAAAUACACAGUGAAUAGUUUUGCAUCAGGCCUUUUAAUAAACUGUAUGAAAAUCGGUACUCUCCAUAA